GUCUUUUCCCAGCCCUGUGCUGCAGUUGUUCAUGCCUUGGGUCAGCACACUGUUCAGCUUGACUUAUUGUGUGGCUGACUCAUGUGUGUCCCAGUGCCUGGUUCCUGGAAGUAAUUGAUAAAAACUCCUCCAAAGUGCAGAAUUUCUGUGUCAUCUCUCGGGUCACUGGUUCCUUUCUUCCCAAACUUCAUUUCAACAAACCAUUGCUCAUGAGUGGCUCUUAGGUUCGGGGGAGGGGGUGUGGGGAGAGAAAAAUGUGUGCUGCUCUUUGCCUGGAACUCCUGGAAUUGUUGUUUUGCCAGAGAUCCAUAGCGUGAGGGGGCCGGUUUGGAAAGAGGUCAGGAGAAUAAAUUUCCUUCUCAGCGUCGUAUGAAUUCUAGAGUCUGCCGCUGGAAAGAAGCCCAGUGACGGGCUGGGAAGUGAAGGCCCGCUCCUUUCUGAGAAGAGGAAAUAUCAUUCACCACAUGAAGGCCAGUGGGGGUGAAGUCCGGAGCAGGACUCUGAGGCUUUCUAUCCUCCAUGCUGCUCACUAAAAAGGAGGCUGUGAACUGUGCUUGGGCUCCCGGAGACAGGAAGCCUUUCUAGUUCAGCGGAAGUGAGAAGAGGGGUGUGAGCACCCCCCAGAAGAAGAUCCCAGAGACGGCGGGAUCACCCAACAAUCCUCGAUGUGAAUCAAUCCCAUGAUGCAACAUGCCUCCCCAGCCCCAGCUCUGACAAUGAUGGCCACGCAGAAUGUCCCUCCCCCACCCUACCAGGACAGCCCACAGAUGACGGCAACUGCCCAGCCGCCCUCCAAGGCCCAGGCCGUCCACAUCUCCGCGUCCUCGGCUACCGCCAGCACACCUGUGCCCAGUGCCCCCAUUGACCCCCAGGCCCAGCUGGAGGCUGACAAGCGAGCUGUGUACAGGCACCCUCUCUUCCCGCUCCUGACGCUGCUGUUUGAGAAAUGUGAACAGGCCACCCAGGGCUCCGAGUGCAUCACCUCUGCCAGCUUUGACGUGGACAUCGAGAACUUUGUCCACCAGCAGGAACAGGAGCACAAGCCCUUCUUCAGUGAUGACCCAGAACUGGACAAUCUGAUGGUGAAGGCAAUCCAGGUCCUGAGGAUCCACCUGCUGGAGUUGGAGAAAGUCAAUGAACUCUGCAAGGACUUUUGCAACCGUUAUAUCACCUGCCUCAAAACCAAGAUGCACAGUGAUAACCUGCUCAGGAAUGACCUCGGGGGGCCCUACUCCCCCAACCAGCCCUCCAUAAACCUUCACUCACAGGACCUCCUGCAGAAUUCCCCCAAUUCCAUGUCUGGAGUCUCCAGUAACCCCCAGGGAAUUGUGGUCCCAGCCUCAGCGCUCCAACAGGGCAACAUCGCCAUGACAACUGUCAACUCACAAGUCGUGUCAGGUGGAGCCUUAUACCAACCCGUUACCAUGGUAACCUCCCAGGGUCAGGUGGUCACCCAAGCAAUCCCCCAGGGAGCCAUCCAGAUCCAGAACACACAGGUUAACCUUGACCUCACCUCCCUCCUGGACAAUGAGGAUAAGAAGUCCAAGAACAAACGAGGAGUCUUGCCCAAGCAUGCCACCAAUAUAAUGCGUUCUUGGCUCUUCCAACAUCUCAUGCACCCCUACCCUACGGAGGAUGAGAAGAGGCAGAUCGCAGCCCAGACAAACCUCACGCUCCUGCAAGUAAACAACUGGUUCAUCAAUGCCCGGAGGCGCAUCCUGCAGCCCAUGCUGGACGCCAGCAACCCAGACCCUGCCCCCAAAGCCAAGAAGAUCAAGUCUCAGCACCGGCCCACCCAAAGAUUCUGGCCCAACUCUAUUGCUGCGGGGGUCUUGCAGCAGCAGGGUGGCGCCCCAGGGACGAACCCCGACGGGUCUAUCAACUUGGACAACCUUCAGUCUCUAUCCUCAGACAAUGCCACCAUGGCCAUGCAGCAGGCCAUGAUGGCCGCCCAUGAUGACUCAUUGGACGGGACGGAAGAAGAGGAUGAGGAUGAGAUGGAGGAGGAAGAGGAGGAGGAGGAGCUGGAAGAGGAGGCCGAUGAGCUGCAGACGACAAAUGUCAGUGACCUGGGCUUAGAACACAGUGACUCCCUGGAGUAGUGGGACAGCCCAGCUGGCACUGGUCACUGAGCAGGCGCGGCGUGUCAU